AUGUCGUCCGCUGGGAAGGGCUUCUUUUCUAGGAGUAAACAUAGGAGUGAUAAGAGACAUACAGGCAGCGAGGAAGGACGUUACCUCGCCUCUGACCAGGAAUCCAUUAUAUCGCGAACUUCUCGACAUGCUAGGGCCUCGUCGAUAAUAUCCGUCGAUAGACCGGUGUCUCCUGAACCCGGCGUUAACAACAAUGCCGGUGUCAUUACCGCAAUUCCGUACGAUAACACACAUUCAGACCAGCGGAGCCCCAUACCUGUCGAAUAUCUCCCUCGAGGCGAGCAGUUACCCGUGGGCCGAGAACCUCUACCGCACCAGUUGAAUAAAGCGACUGCCGACUUCCACCAGUAUCCUACCUUUGAUGCGAAAACACUUUCCACCAUGUCUGGCGUGUCCGGCUCUCACCUCUCAAUCUCGCGCCCAACCACUGGUGCUAAUAACAUAACCAUGGCGUCUACAGGCCGACAAACUCAAUUCCAACAAUGGGGUCCAAAUUCGGGAAGUCUAGCACCUCGCGGAAGCACAGCGUCUUCGAUGACGACGGGCACUUCUUAUGGUGAGAGAUGGGAUUCCCUACCAGGAUAUGGAAUGGCCGGCUACGGCAGGACUUCCAGGCAAAGCGACCAAUCCAGCAUAUUUUCAGGUAAAGGAGUAUCCCCUAAUAAUCACACAAUCAAACGCUCAUCCAAAGCAGCACUGCCUAGUGCAACAUCCCAGAGUUCCAUUGCAUCACACCCCUCGAGUAGAGAUUCCCAUCGUUUAACUAAGCUUCCAGGGUCCCCGGGUCAUCUUCCUCCUGGCGUCGGCGGUGCCGCCGAAGGUCCUUCGUUCACCAGACCGGAAGACGACAGGGUCACUGAGCAGAUGUUUUACGAGUUGAUGGUCAAGCGAGGAUGGCACAAUCUACCCGAGCAAGCACGACGGCAAAUGCAGGCCUACCCGCCGUCGAAAAAAUGGACCCUUAUUUACCAAGAUCGCCUAACGGAAUGGCAAGGUGAGCAGAAGAAGAGGCAGACAGCGAGAUCGGGGCAGUAUUCGGACAUCAACAUUGCCGCAUCCUCCGACGAGGAGGGCUCUCCUGAGUGGUAUGUACGAAAAGUAAUGGAUAAUACUUUGGAUUUGAAGGGCCUCGGUAGUCUCGAAGUCAACUUACGAACUCAGCAAAUUGGAUGGGUGAAGCGUUUUAUCGAAUGUCAAGGGCAGGUAGCUCUCACCAACGUCUUAUUAAAGCUCAACCGCAAGAAUCCCGUAGGGCCCGCAGUCCCGUCCGACGCAAAGGCGAACGAUAAAAAUCUCGAUAAGGAAUAUGAUAUUCUGAAGUGUCUGAAAGCUUUGCUGAACAACAAAUACGGCGCCGAUGAUGCCCUCGCCCAUCAGCAAGUGGUCGUAGCUCUCGUCACUUCGCUCAUAUCGCCGAGGCUCACAACCCGAAAACUCGUCAGCGAUGUUUUGUCCUUCUUGUGCCAUUGGGAUGGGGGCGAAGGGCAUCUUAAGGUCAUCCAGGCUAUGGAUGUCGUGAAGAGUCAGCAGAACGAGAAUGGCCGGUUCGAUGCUUGGAUGCGACUCGUCGAGGUCACGGCAGACGGGCGUGGGAAGAUGGGGAGUCUCGUGGGAGCCAGCGAUGAAGUCCGCAGCGGUGGUAUCGGCAUGGAGAAUCUCCUAAUGGAAUAUGCUGUCGCGACGCUCAUACUCGUCAAUUCGAUCAUCGACGCGCCAGAAAAUGACCUCCAGCUUCGCAUGCACAUCAGGGCGCAGUUUGGCGCUUGUGGGAUCAAGCGGAUCCUAACGAAGAUGGAGGCGUUCCAGUACGACUUGAUAGACAAACAGAUCGAGCGAUUCCGUACCAACGAGGCUAUUGACUAUGAGGAUAUGCUCGAGCGGGAGAAUAGCAGCAUAAAGGACAGCAUCGAAGGUGAGGUUAAGGACCUCAACGACCCUGCCCAGAUUGUCGACGCUAUUCAACAGCGACUUCAAGGCUCUAAGACGCACGACUACUUCAUAUCGGCACUGCAACACCUGCUUCUAAUCCGAGAUAACGAUGGAGAGGAACGGUUGCGUAUGUUCCAGCUCGUCGAUUCGAUGCUUAGCUAUGUGGCCAUGGACCGGCGCUUGCCGAACAUGGACCUCAAGCAAAGCUUGAAUUUUACUGUUCAGAAUCUCUUGGACAAAUUGCAUACGGAUUCUGAGGCCCGCCAAGCCCUAGAUGAGUCUUUAGAGGCUCGGCAGAUUGCUGAUGCUGCUAUGGCAGAGCGGGAUGAGAUGAGAGCACAGCUAGAAUUAGGUGCGGAUGGUCUUGUAGCUAAGCUUCAGAGACAGCUAGAGGAACAAGCUCGCUUCAUCGAGGCGCAAAAACGUCAAGCAGAUGGUCUAAAGGCUGAAAUCGAGAACAUGCAAACGGUUCGUGCGAAGGAAGCGCAACGAAACGAGCUAGAGACAAGAGAACUUUACCUUAUGCUCAGGGAUGCUCAAGAUGUCGCUGCUUCACAAGCUGUCAAGAGCAGCGCUGGAAGCAAGAUAGCCGAUGAGAACCCCGUGCAGAUGCCGGGUAUCCUGGAUCGUGAAAGGCUUAUGGACAGACUUGCGAUGCAGCUCGAACGGCAGAAGACCCAGUAUAAACUUGAAGGUAGAGUCUGGGGCGAGACAAUUGGCCCUUCGGAUCGCUUGCGUGCGCUCCGUGAAGAAAUGGAUGGCUAUCCAGAUACCUAUUCAGAUGGACCAGAUGGUUCAGGGCUCCCGCCGCCUGGUAUGGCUACUGGCAUGCUUGGCACCGUCAACCGCCACACUCGACUUUCAAGAAAACCCGUUAAUGGACAGCAUGCCGACGAGGGCGCCAUGGAGGGAGAUGAGGACAUUGUAUACGAGAAACCAAGAGUCGUCGAAAUUAGGAGACCCGUCAUGGACCCCAAACAAGCAGCCAACUUCCUCAGUGAGAUUCACGCGAAGGGCAGGAAGGACGAGAUCAGUGAUUCUGAAGAGGGUGACGGCACGACUACUGGUCCCUCGCACCCAAGUCUUGAGUCACAAUCGCCCAUUACUCCAAACGAGAUGGAACCGCCUAAGAUCCAAGUUAGCGACACAACCGCUCCUCCGCCUCCGCCCCCUCCUCCACCACCACCGAUGCCCGGCCAACUCCCAGGAGCACCCCCACCACCACCUCCUCCGCCCAUGCCAGGCCAGAUUCCGGGCGCUCCUCCACCACCGCCUCCCCCUCCUCCGAUGCCAGGAAUGCUUUCACCCACGUCCGCUGCGGGUGGUCCUCCUCCCCCUCCACCGCCGCCACCUAUGCCCGGUAUGCCCGGUGCUGGCCCACCACCUCCGCCUCCGCCAAUGCCUGGUGCCAUGUCAGGUCACUUCCUCUCUCAGCAAAAUAACUUUGCCCCGGCCCCGACAAUGGGUCUCCCUAUUGUUAGACCGAAGAAGAAGCUCAAGGCCCUCCAUUGGGACAAGGUCGAUACCCCCGAGACAAGUCAUUGGGCGGCGCAUGCUCCUUCUGUGGAGGAAAGAGAAGAGAAAUAUGCCGAACUUAGCAAGAAGGGUAUUCUCGAUGAAGUGGAGAAGUUGUUUAUGGCUAAGGAGAUCAAGAAGCUUGGGGUUGGAGCCUCUAAGAAGGAUGACAAGAAGCAAAUCAUCUCCAGCGAUCUUCGGAAAGCUUACGAAAUUGCUUUUGCCAAGAUGUCUUCGUAUUCUGUAGAGAAGAUCGUUCAGACGAUCAUCCAUUGCGACAAAGAAGUUCUCGAUAACCCUGUGAUCAUGGAUUUCCUGCAAAAGGACGACCUAUGCAACAUUUCGGAUAAUACCGCGAAACUCAUGGCGCCGUACAGCAAAGAUUGGACUGGUCCCGAAGCGAACAAGGAAAAUCGCGAGCAGGAUCCGGCCGAACUAACUCGGCAAGAUCAACUUUACUUGUACACUGCCUUUGAGUUACAUCAUUAUUGGAAGAGCAGAAUGCGGGCAUUGGCGCUGACACGAAGCUACGAACCCGAUUAUGACGAAAUCAAUGAGAAGAUCCGUCACGUCGUCUCGGUAUCAGAGUCGCUGAGGGAUUCCGUUUCCUUGAUGAAUGUCCUCGGAUUGAUUCUCGAUAUCGGUAACUACAUGAACGACGCAAACAAACAGGCGAGAGGUUUCAAACUCAGCUCGCUUGCCCGCUUGGGUAUGGUUAAAGAUGACAAGAACCAGUCGACACUUGCGGAUCUCGUUGAACGUAUCGUACGCAACCAAUAUCCCGAAUGGGAAGGCUUUACGAAUGAUAUCCAGGCAGUCAUAGCUGCACAGAAAAUCAACAUCGAGCAACUCCAGGCGGAUGCCAGAAAGUAUAUAGAGAACGUCCGCAACGUACAGAGGUCACUUGACAACGGAAACCUCAGCGAUCCUAAGAAGUUUCACCCUCAGGACCGUGUCUCGCAAAUCGUCCAGCGGUGUAUGAAGGAUGCUCGUCGGAAGGCAGAACAAAUGGCGUUAUACCUAGAGGAGAUGAUCCGUACAUACGAUGACAUUAUGGUAUUCUACGGCGAAGAUCCCAAAGAUGAUAACGCCCGUCGCGAGUUUUUCACUAAGCUGGCCAUGUUCCUUCAGGAGUGGAAGAAGAGCAGAGACAAGAACGUCCAAUACGAAGAGACACGGCGCAGGAAUGAGGCUAGCAUGAAACGGAAACAUGCCCAGCUCAGAGUUCAAGGGGCAGUGGAGAGUGGCCCACCAUCACCGGCUUCUGCUGGCGCAAUGGAUUCCCUGCUGGAGAAACUACGCGCUGCGGCUCCCCAGACAAGAGAUCAGCGAGACAGGAGGAGGCGCGCACGUCUAAAGGAUCGUCACCAAGUUCGCGUCGCUUCAGGCCAAAAGAUACCAGACCUCAACGAAAUACCCGAGGCAGAAGCCAAUGUCCACCCCGAAAGCACCAACGGCGCUACAGAUUCUGACGCCAAUCCUCUCAGCCCUGACCUAGUCUCACCUACCGAGGUUCCCGAAGAGGCGGCAGAAGACGAUGGUCUGGCUCAAAGAGCCGCAAUGCUAUUACAAGAUAUGAGGGGCGGUGAUGGUGCAGAGGAUGAAAAUCCCGAGAAGAGGGAUAGUUUGAGGAAGUCGGCAGCGGAAGAAAGGAGAUCUAGGCGUCGGCGACUAAAGGGAGGUUCCGGCCCAAGCUCAGGCGCCGCUGACGACGAUGGAGGAAUCAAGAGCCCUAUACCCGAGGAGCCAGCAACGAUUCCGGAGGAAUAA